CUCUGUUGCAUGUCGGCGCAGUUAUGGAGUGACACCCACCGCAGCACAGAAAAAAAAAAAAAAAACACCCAUAGCUAGGAUGUUGCGCUGACCGUUUUUUUGUAAUAACACUAACCGAUUAGCGACGCUUUUUUUAAAAUGGUCGGUUGGUUCCAGUGAGCGUGUGGAGGUCGUUUCAUGACGGCGGCGAGCUGUUAGUCCGGAGCUCCGGCUUUGGGGAGUGUGUAGCCGGAGAUUUUUGUUUGGGGGGAUUACAGCGGGUGGAGCCGUGUUUGGUGCGCGCGCGGCGGAUUUACCAGGCUAUAUAUAUAUUAUUUAUAUCUGCCGUCGGUGCGUUUCAAUGGCUUUACGUUACGCAAGGCUACAACCGAGACCGGAUGCAUGUGUGUAGAUGAUCAGGGGGAGAGAGACAGUGUGUCCUUCGAGGUGCUGCUACGCCCCGUCCUUUUCCUCCCUCACUCUGCCAUCCAUCCAUCCAUCCAUCAAUCCUUAGAUCAUUAGAUCCAUAGCUGUGGAAGCGGAGAUAUUUAUUUAGCGUCACCUAGCCUGCAUCAUCUGCGGACAUCAUGGGGAAUACGACCUCCUGCUGCGUGUCCUCGAGUCCCAAACUGCGGCGAAACGCCCAUUCUCGCCUGGAGCCGUACGGACCGGAAGCGGAGCUGAGCCGCGAGGACACGGGCUGCAACCUGCAGCACAUCAGCGACCGCGAGAACAUCGACGAGCUGAACAUGGAGUACAACCCUUCAGAUCACCCGCGCGCCAGCACCAUCUUCCUCAGCAAGUCUCAGACAGAUGUUGCUCCGUCCAGCAAGAAAGUUCGGGAAAAGAGGAAAAGCCUGUAUGUGAACCACCAACACCCAUCUGGUCCAAUGAGACGCAAGUACAGCUCCUGCUCGACUAUCUUCCUGGAUGACAGCACCGUCAGCCAACCCAACCUCAAAUACACCAUCAAAUGUGUUGCUCUUGCCAUCUUCUACCACAUAAAGAACAGAGAUGUAGAUGGUCGAACGCUGUUAGACAUAUUCGAUGAGAAGCUUCAUCCGCUGUCGAAGUCGGAGGUUCCGGCGGAUUACGACAAACACGAUCCGGAGCAGAAGCAGAUCUACCGGUUCGUCCGGACGCUCUUCAGCGCCGCUCAGCUCACAGCCGAGUGCGCCAUCGUCACACUGGUGUACUUGGAAAGGUUGUUAACCUACGCUGAGAUUGAUAUCUGUCCUGCUAACUGGAAGAGGAUCGUACUGGGAGCCAUUUUAUUGGCAUCUAAAGUGUGGGACGAUCAGGCCGUGUGGAACGUGGACUACUGUCAGAUCCUCAAAGACAUCACCGUAGAGGACAUGAACGAGCUGGAGAGACAGUUUCUGGAGCUGCUGCAGUUUAACAUCAACGUGCCGUCGAGUGUUUAUGCUAAGUACUACUUCGAUCUGCGGUCGCUGUCUGAGGCCAACAACCUGAACUUCCCUCUGGAGCCUCUGAGCAGAGACAAGGCCCAGAAACUAGAGGCGAUCUCCAGGCUCUGCGAUGAUAAGUAUAAAGACUUGAGAAAAGCAGCCAAGAAGCGGUCAGUGAGUGCGGACAAUCUCACAGUGGUGCGGUGGUCUCCCGCUAUCAUCUCCUAACAGUGGUUUGGGGACACUGAGGAACGAUCAAAUGACAGAGUGAGAGAGAGAGAGAGAUAGAAAGAGAGACUGUCCACAGAAUCGUCCUCUUCCUCCAUCUGGUCCAGACAAAAACCCGGCGGAUUUUACCUUCCAGGCGUGUCUUUGUUGUUCUGAUGGCUGCUGUAAAUACAGGACACCGGGGGCAGGACUCUAAAAACCUGAUCGAGGGAGGAACGAGAGAGAGCAGCAUAUGGGUCGGAGUGUGAGGAACGUCUCAUACGAGGGCAGGAAAAGCAUUCCGGCAACUCUGUGUGUCUUAAAUGAUUGCCAUUUUCAAUUCUGAACCACUCUCAGCUUAUUCUGUAUGAGUUACACAUUCCUUUUUUUUAUUUGAAGGUUUAUUUCUUCUAGGUCUUCUCUGAAGCACAGGGGCACGUCUGACCUGACAGUAAUUCAAUAAUCAGCCCAAAAUAAGCCACUCAGAAAAUCUACAGCUCUUCCAUACGCGUUGUGAACGUUGGUCUAAAUUACAUUUUUGUGCUUUCAAGUCAAGCAGGUGUCAGGAACCUGUCCAAAGAGUGAAAUAUCACAAUUAGUCUCAGCCGCACGCUCUCAGAAGUAAAGCUGCUAAACCGUACUUUUCCUUGUCGCUAUGGUGACACCAUACAAGGUACAUCUUUAACUAACUCUUAAAGCUUUAAAAGUCCAAUUAUGUACCUUAAAUUAUUUUUAAAAGUACACUAUAUUCACGUUUCCAGGUGAAAGGUUCAAAAGAUGUACCCUUGAUGGUACCACUCGAGGGACAAGGAAAUGUACAGUUUAAUACUUUUAAGCAAGGUUUCAUACUUAUUGUACACUUUUCUGGCCACCAAGCUUCAGAAUCCUGAAAGUUGCAAUCUGAUUGGUUAUCCACACUUCCACAGAUAAACAAACUUAAGAACACAGAGACAACGAGGUUGUCGGAUCAAGAUAAAGUCACUGGAUUCGAAAGAGUGAAAAAGUUCAUGACAUCAUGGCUUCAAAAAAGUUAUUUCAAAGUAUUUUUUUUUCUCUUAGAGUAAAGAAGAUGCGUUCUCAUGUAUGCCGACAGCCUUCGAGAAGAGAAUCUGUGGCAGUUCAGUUGUACUCUCAGCCAAAUGUAUGUUGGCUGAUAAGCGCAAAACACAUUAAAAAACUAAAUACACAAAACAAAAGCAAAACAAAAAUACUGCAAGAGCAGAACCAGAAAACACAAGAGCAACAGAAAAUACGAAAACACAGCAGCAAAUUCAGAAAACGCGACAGCAAAACCAGAAUAGACAACAGCAAAUCAAAAAUGCAACAGAAAAUAUGAAAACGCAACAUCAUAGAUCGAAAACGCACCAGCAAAUCCAGACAUCCCAAAAGCAAAUUUAGGAAACACAAACAGAAAAAAAUAGAAAAUGCAACAUCAAACCAGGAAACGCAAUGGCAAAUUCAGAAAACACAACAACAAAACCGGAAAAUCUCAACAGCAAAUAGGAAAACGCAAGAGAAAAUCCUGAAAAUGCAUAAUUUUUUUCAAGGGCAUUCAUAUGAUGUUAUUUUAUGCUGUCAUUAAUACAAGUAAGAGAAUUCUGAGCAGCCAUGUAAAGGAAGCUGGGUUAUUCAGAAGAACGACUUAAGCUACAAUUUAUUAACAUAUGUAACUUCGCAUUGUAAUUGUUUUCACUCGACUCAAUAGAUAGACUGAAGAAAUGUCAUUCUUUUCCCUUGUGCUCGACACACAGCAUGUGAUGUUCAGUAAAGACCUACACUUUCCAUUUUGCCUUGAUGUUGAUAUGGUUCUGAAUUUGCUGUUGCGUUUUUGGUUCGUUACUGCGCUUUGCACUUUCACGUCACUGUGCAAAUGGACUCUCAUACAGUAUGUUCCCCUUGUUUCAGUUAUUUCAACCCAAACCUCAGCCAUAUUUGGAAUUAAUGUUUUAAUACAAUAACGUUAACACUGUAAUGCAGCAUGCAAACCAAUGUUUCUUCACCUGAGUGGAGAAAAAAAUCAGGUGAUUGAUUGUAGGCAGUGCUAAUGUCGUGAUUUGGAGGAAAGUUAGCUAGUAAAGUUAGCUAGCUAAUGAGCGACAAGCAAGGUGAAGCAAAUAAUGAAGCAAAAUUUGGUGUGACCAAUACUUAAUAAUACAGCCGUGCUUUGUAUUGCCCACGCUUCCCAGGGUCACAAUUUUGCUGUGUUAGAGUUCACCUAAUUUACGAUCCGCUACCAGAACUUUUCGCAUUUAAGAGAAACACUUUUUUUUUUUUUCUUUUUUUUUUUUUUUGCGGAUUCAGUUUGAUUGAUUGAUGAUUAAUUGCUGGAAAUUUCCUAAUCGUUACUGGUGUCCUGUCUCACCACGAAUCACCGCUUGACAUACUGAUCCUAUCAUGUUUCACAUCUAAACAUUAUUUAUUUUCAAAUUUAUUUUAUGAUUUGGGAAAAUCAAUGGAAAAAUGUAAAUCUUCUGAAAUUAGAAAUUAAAAUUUUCACAAUAGAGUAAGGAGGAAUUUCAAUAUCAGAUGAUUACGAGAGGAUUCCUGUUCACGCUGUAAACAUGCUGCUUGUUAGCGAGACAAAACACAGACGCUGUAAUGGUUUUGUUUUAAAACAGAAACCCCACCGGGAUGUUUGGAUGCCGUCCAAGUCCUAUUUCCAGGCGUCCUGCUGUUUUGUCCUCCAUUAAGGCCACAGUCUAAUAAUUAAAAAAAAGCCACAGAGAAAGUGUGUUAUGUAGGAAGGUGGAAAUGUAGCGUUCUGUUUCUCUCUGUAGAACCUGAUGAUCUGAUGGCUGAAGAAAUGGACUGAUUUAUUUUCUUCUCAAGAAGACAUUCCAUUUCAGUAUAGUUAUUAAAAAAAAAAGGUAAAUUGCACAACCUUGGCGUGUACGUUUUUAUGAGCUUGAUAAAUCAACCUCGUGUGAUAAAGUCGACCUCGUUUCAGAUUCAAACACCAAGCAAUACACAGAUUACAGAGAAAUGGACACUUAUCCUCAAAACAGACAUUUCAUAUCUCGUUAAAUAUUCUUUAAUUCAGUGUGUUCAUGAGUGAAGGUUGCAAAAUGAGUUUGUAAUUAUUUUUUUGAGUACUGAAUGUUCUAUUAAAUUGGUUUGAUGUUCUACAGUUUGCUGUGUUACCCUGCAAGAAGUCAUUUUAUCAUCUCCAAAAGUCUAGAAAAGCCUUUAAACAGCUAAUGAGGGUGUGAAUUUCUGCAGGAUCCACUAGGGUUGUUACGGUUGUCAUGGUUUCACGCUUAGUCACGGUGUAUGCUCAGACAGUUAGCUCCGAUUUCUUCAGAAUGCGAUCAGUCAAUUUCCUUACUCCAGUGGUUCUCAUCGCUUUUGGAUCCGGCUGCGACUCCUGAAAAAUUCAAAACCCCGACCCUCUGGACCCUAAAUCAAACUACAUCCACCUCCGUUUCUCAGCAGGUGCAACGUGAGUACACUGAAAACUCUUCAGAAGUGUUCAAUCCGCUACUGCUGUAAAUAUGUUACACUGCUACCUCUGCUGCAGCUCCUAGCAUCUUUGUAACUUUAUAACACACAACAGCUCAGAAAGACAGAAGAACAUGGCAAAAACUAAACUAAAUUAAUUUUGCACACUUCUAGAUUACACUGCAAAAAAUUCUUAGCAAUCUUAGCAAGUGUAAAUAUCUUGAAUAUAGUCAAAUUGGUCUCUCAUUUCCUGUUUUAAGAUUAUAAGAAACCAAAUAUAAGAUGAUUGAACUUAUCUCUAUACAUUUUACUAAUUUCAAGCUUGAAAUAUUCUUGUUCUAGUGUCCGAUCAUUUUUUUUUUGCUAAAUUUAAGCUUUUAUUUUUAGACAGAAGCAAAAUUUAAAGCUUGACGUUAGUUAACAAAAAUGUCUAGAAAUAGGUUUAAUAAUCUUAUAUUUGGUUUAUUGUUAUCUUAUAAUAAGAAAUAUUAGAUACUUUUGACUAUAUUUAACAUAAUUUCUCUUCCUAAGAUGCCAUUUUUUUGCAGUGUAGGUAUAUUGGUAGAUUUUUUUUUCUUUUUUUCUGAAAUCAUGUUAUAAGCUACAUUCUCUGAAAGCAGCUUAUAACAACAACGUGAUAAAUACUGACGGUGUCGACUGCCGAUUUUUUUAUGAAAGUUCAUUCUCAGAUACCAUUAAGAUAUCUUUUUGAUUUUUGUUAUAUAUACAAGGAGGUGCAAAGAUUUCAGAAUAUAUAUUUUCCUUUCAUUUUCAUUACCGGUUUGUAUUUUUAAAUGAAGCAAUAAGAUAACAGAAAGCGUGCGGUUAAGGGUGUUCUUAAGAAUUACAUGAAACACUGACAAAACAGUUAUUAAUCAAAUGUUCAAUUAAUAAUUGCUUUUAUUAUUAAUAAUAUUCGCUAUAAACUGUUUGUACACCAUAUAAUGUAGUCUGAUAAGAGAAAGAUUUGGUUGCUAAGCAACUUAAUGGGCAAAGAUUAGGGUAUUCUAUGGACAAAAUGGUUUAUUGGUCUAAUUUUGGUGUAUUAAUACAGAAUUCAGGUAUCAUGAUGCGGUCACAGGUGUGUGUGUGUGUGUGUGUGUGUGUAUGUGUGUAUUUAAAUAAAUUGACUUUGAACAAGUCUCGGCCAAUCAGAACUGAAACUAUUUAUUCUAUAGUGGUUGAAUAAUACCGCAAUUAGGUUAUCAUGCCGUGAAACUUUGAGAGUUUGAAACCGUAAUACCCCUGGGAUCCACUGCCAGUUAUUUCACCGAGUUUGUGGCUUUCAUUGGUAGAAACAUGGCUUUCAUUUUCAUCUUUUUUUUUUUUUUUUUUUUUUUUUAAAAUCCAUCACACUCUCCUAACAGUCUGAUUUUAUAGCGUAGUGUUCUAAGUUAUAGACAUAAUUCUAAUAAUAAUAAUGCUUGGUUGAAUUGAUUGAUUUUUUUAACCUGAUCUGUGUAUAUUUUCAGAAAUAUUUAUUUAAUAAUGCUAUUCAUUCUUCAUCUAGAAAUAUAUUUCUUCUUCUAUGGACAGCAACAAGCUCAGCUUUUUAAUGAUUUUAAAAUCAUUAAAUUAUAAUUCUAACUUUUUAUAUAUAUAUAUAAAAAAUUUUGUACAGUGUACAUACUGUGUCGAAGAAGAUCAUAGUUUAAAUAUUAUGCUGAGAUAUUUAUGAGAAGUCAGUAUUCAUCUCAUCGUUUAAUCAUCUCUAAAUAAAAAUCAGGGUGAUGAUGAGGGAGGAAUCGAGUCAAUGAUCAGCUUCAGGCAUGAUAAGAGAAAGGAAAAGACGUUUUACGAAAAGAUCUUGGGAUGAUAAAGUGACUGAAUUUGCGCGCCGUCAUUGAGAAGUGCAUGAGUCUGUUGUUUUGCUUAUGUCGAAUUUGUUAUUAUGAUUUUGCCGUCACGCAGAGCUCCACAGUGAGUCGUGCUGAAAGUAAGCGCGCUCUCCCGGACUCGCCAUUUUUACUUUUUGUUUUCCUCCCUCCCUUUGUGAACUUCGCAAUAGCAUUGCUUUUGUCAUUCCUUUUGUGUCAAAACAUAAAAAGCAAUUCUAGAGAAAUGGUUGAUAUUUAUCUCACUAUUGUUUCUUUUAUUGCUACUAUUGAUUAUAAAUUUGUUCUUUUAUGUAAUACAUUUCUGUCAUCAAUACCAGAAAAAAAAGUCAUGUAUUUUCAGAAGUCUUUCUUGUGAAUUGUAGGCCUUUGUGUGGUGCAUGCUGGUCGGAGCUUGCACUGUCAAUCGGUAAAUUAAAGGAAUUUAUUGAUUUUUAACUUACAAUGACUUUUCUAAUUCUAUAUAAAGGAGAACUUUUGUCUAA